AUGCGGUGGCUGGUUGUUUGCGUGGGAGCGUUGGCCUCUGCUGUAGGGGCGACCAUCGUGACGGACGAUGCUGCCCUGGCUUCCGACAAGACGUUUGACUUUGUGAUUGCCGGCGCCGGCCUCUCCGGACUGACGGUGGCGAACAAGCUCAGCCGUCAAGGUCAUUCCGUGCUUGUGAUUGAAGCUGGCCCAGAUGGCUCAUGGAAUCCAGCAGUGUUUUCUGCGCAAGAUCGGCCAUACCCGCCUGUGUUCUGCAAUUGGGCCUAUCCCAGACAUGACGAUGCCGGCAACAAACUCGACUCUACGAUUGACGCUGGGGCGUGUAUUGGCGGAUCAACAUCCAUCAACGGAAUGGUGUGGAUCAGACCAACCAAAGCUGAAGUCGAUCAACUGGAAGCGCUGGGUAACCCGGGUUGGAAUUGGGAAAGUCUUGAGCCGCACAUGGCGGCAAUAGAACGCAACAUGCCUCCAACAAAAGCCCAGAUCGCCCAAGGUGCUGGCCUUGACCCAGACGUGCACGGUCACGACGGACAAGUCAACACCUCUUUUCCUACGCCCAUGCGUAUCCCAAAGGCUGUGCAGCUUUAUAAAGACAGCCUGCCGCUCGUGUUCUCAGGCCUCCAGGUCGGAAAUGACCUCUCGAAUCGCACUUCGGUUGUCUCGGCAUCCACUUCCUGGACUAUGUGGUAUGAUCCAGCGACAGGCAAACACGUGCGGUCUUCGGCUGCAGACGCCCUUCUCUGGGCGCCGGGUGAGCAACGGAGCGCCCUCACGGUACUUGCGAACCACACCGUCGCCAAAGUGACCUUUGACGAGGACCUCAAGGCAACUGGAGUUGUUUUUGUAAGCACCUUGACCAAGAAUCAAGGACCAGUCUACGCCGUCAAGGCGAGGCGAUCCGUCAUCCUCGCUGCCGGAACAUUGGCUACGCCACCCAUCUUGGAGCGCUCUGGGCUGGGUGAUUCGAGAAUCCUGGCAGCUGCCAAAAUUGAACAGCUGGUCGACCUCCCCGGCGUUGGUGCGAACCUGAAUGACAAACCUGGAGUAGAAACGCGUGCUCUCAUGCCAAAGAAGCUUCACAACGACACUUCCCUUGUAGGUGGCCCCAGUGUAUUCGGUCCGGAGAUAUCUUUGGUCAACAUCAACGAGAUAUGGGCUACCAAACCGGUUGCCGAGAUCGUGGCCGAGACCUAUCCAACCGUCUUUAGUGCCAUCUCCUGGCCUUCAUUGCCCCUGUCGAGAGGCCAUGUGCACGUCAAGUCUGCAAGUCCAUUCGAAUUUCCCGUCAUUGUGCCGCGUUUCCUCGCAGACCAGUUUGACCAGCAAGUCGCGGUUGCGGUGGCACGGAUGUCACGGGCAGUCUGGACCACUAAACCAUUCCAGGGAUACGUUGAGGACGCCUACUAUAACCCCAAGAUUGGUCCCAACGGCACGGACACGGACUAUCUCGAAUGGUUGAAGAGGACGGGCGGAGGGGCCUCCCACUGGGUUGGGACAACAGCGAUGAUGCCGAGGCACCUCGGGGGGGUGGUAGACUCACGGCUACGGGUGUACGGGACCAGGAACCUCCGGGUAGUUGACGCCGGUGUCCUCCCGAUCCAGAGCACCGCACACAUCAUGUCAAUCUUGUACGGGGUCGCGCAGAGAGCAGCCGGACUCAUCUUGGAGGACUGCCCAUGA